AUGAAGCCAAUCUCCACAAAGAGAAGAUAUAUAGAUGAGGAGAUUAUUGAGUGCAAAACUGCUAAGAAGAAGCCACGUCCUCCAAAAGUGAAAGAUCCAAGAAGUUUUACCAUUCCUUGUGUCAUAGGGAAGGAAAAUAUAAGGAAAGCCCUACUUGAUUUAGGGUCAAGUGUUAAUUUGAUGCCUUUACCUCUAUUUGAGCGAAUUGAUGAUCUUGAAGUCAAGCCAACAAAGGUGACUUUGCUAAUGGCGGAUGGAUCUUCAAAGAAGCCUUAUGGUGUAAUGGAAGACAUUAUGGUUUGUGUAGGCACACCAGAAUUCUUGGUGGACUUUGUGGUGAUGGAGAUGGAGGAGAAUUUGACUCCAAUUAUUCUUAGAAGACCUUUUAUGAAAACGACAAAGGUCAUCAUUAAUGUAGAUGAAGGGAUGAUAUAG